AUGCCACGACAACAGCGACAACGACAGCUGAACACCGGCACAACAACGUCGACGACGACAUCAGACUCCGAGUCGGCAAUAAACGCAGCAAGCUUUCCACGCACUCUGCGCCUCCGAGGCGAAAGUCAUAGCCAUGUCGUUACUGUCGGCGAGAGUGCUCGUACAGAGACUCCAGAACAAGAAGCCGCAGAGGGAUCGCCGUCUCGUCGCGUGAGGUGGGAUGAGAAUGUGGUUAAUAAUGAGGGGAUGGGGAAGAAGAGUUCAAAAGUAUGCUGCAUAUAUCAUAGACCUCGAGCCAUGGACGAGAGUAGUUCCGAGUCCGAGUCGUCGUCUAGCUCAGAUGACUCUGAUACUGAUGACGAUAACGAUAUGCGUGCUAGGCGGAGGCCUGCUCGACGAGAAGGAUGUGGCCAUGAUGGCCAUGACCAUGAGCACGAUCACAACCACGGGAUCAAGAAAGUGAGGAGAAAGAGGCCGAGUCCGAAUGCUUAUGAGCGGCAACCCAGGAAUGAGCGAAGACCUACGCAACAAUCAACGGCUGACUAG